CGUCGUUCCCCUCUUCCUGUCGGCGUGAGAUCCUCCACCGGGCCGCUCUCUCGCUCCCGGUUCCACCGCGUCCAUCUCAGCCGCCGCUCCUGAUCGGCUCGGAGAGCCAUCGGAGUGGAGGAUCGGUUUCUCGCUGGUUGGGAAGUGAACUACGGAUUUGUCUGCGUGUUGGCCUCCUGCCCGGUCCGUGUGUCCUGGGUCGAUUGGGCUCUUCUUCUGUUGGUAACGAAGCCGCUCUCUCGCUUGCCGAUCACCGCGGCCGCCUCAGCCUUGCUACCGAUCGGUUCAGUGGAGCGGAGAUCGAUCGGGUGGUGGAUAGGUUUUGUCGCUUGUUGGGAAGUGAACUGCGGAGUUAUCUCAGCGUGGCGGUGGAUUGGUUUCUUCGCUUGCUGGAAAGGAACUGCGGAUUUGACUCGGCGUGGUGGCCUCUUGACCGAACCGUGUAUCCUGAGUCGAUCGAGUUCUUCUUCAGGGAACUGCGGAUUUAUCUCAAGAGUGGUGGUGGAUUGGUUUCUUCGCUUGUUGGAGAGGUAGUUCCUUGCUUGCUAUAUUAUGGGACAGAGGGAGUACUACAAAGGAGAAGGGGCUUCGUCUUUGUGAAGUGCUUCUAUCAAGUUCACACAUAAUUUGAACACAAUUUGAUGCAGCCCAUGGCAACCACAAGGACAAAUGCAAAUGGUGUUUAUUUGGUUGAAAGUUCUUCUAGGAAGGAAUUCUGUGUUCUGAGUAGGCAAGCAGAACUAUCAUCAUCAUCAUCAGGCCAGAAAAUAAACUCAUGCAACCGCUAUGAGGACAAGUCUGUGUCGCAUAGGCAGGAAUCUGAAUCCUCCAUGGCAGCAAGUGAUAACAUUGAUUCUCUAGUGGCGAAUUCAAUCGGCAGGCUCAUCUUUGAGGCUGGACUUGAGCCUGAUUUUGUUCACUUACCAUCUUAUAAUGGUGUGAUUGAUUUGCUCACCCGUGGAGUUCGGAUUGCGAUGCCUUCUUAUAAAUAUAUUCUUCAGGUGCAACUAAGUGAAGUUCAGCAGCGUGAAAGGGUUUUGAGGCAACACUGGGAAAAAAGUGGGUGCAGUGUAAUAUUGGAUAGCUGGAAAAGCUCAUGUGGGAAAAAGUUCGUAAGUGUUUUUGUGCAUUGCAGAGAAGGCAUGCUGUUCCUCAGAUCCAUGGACAUAUCUAAAAUAUUCGAUGAUGUUGAUGAGCUUGCAGCAAUGGUUUGCCAUGUGAUUGAAGAUAUUGGUGUGUGCAGCAUCGUUCAGAUUAUCAUAAAUGAUGUAUCGCCGCAUAUGCAAGCUGCAGAGCAUGCUGUCUUAAAGAAAUAUGAGCAGUCAUUCAUAUUUGCGGUAUGUGCCGAUCAUUGCAUCAAUCUUCUGCUUGAGAAUAUAGCAGCACUUGAUAAUGUGAAAGAUGUCCUAAUGAAGGCAAGGGAUAUCACUAGGUUUUUUUAUGGCCAUGCACUGCCAAUGGAACUGAAAAGGCUGUAUAUUGGGGAUGCUGAGAUCAUAAGUAAUUCUAACCUGAAAUUUGUGGCUGUGUUUGACACACUUGAAAAGCUAGUGUUUCAGAGGGAUAAUCUGGUGGAGAUGUUUAGCUCGGCAGACUGGGUUUCCUCUGAUCUGGCUUCUACAAGUCUGCCCAUGCAUAUCUGUGAGGUAGUACAGACGGAUGAUGCAUUCUGGAGUGCUGCUGCCAACAUUUUGAAGGUGACAGGCCCACUUAUCAGAGUUUUAUAUAAACUGGAAGGUGAUAAGUGUCCAGUGAGUGUCCUGUAUGAUGCCAUGGAUAGCGCAAAAGAAGACAUCAAACUGAAUCUUGGUGAUGAGCAUGGCAGUUACUGGCUGAUGAUUGAUCACAUCUGGGAUGAUUACUUGCAUUCCCCAGUCCAUGCUGCUGGCUAUUUUCUCAAUCCAACUAUUUUUUACACCGAUCGAUUCCGCAAUGAUGCUGAGAUCAGCAGUGGCAUCACGACCUGCAUUCUACGAGUAUCCAAGAGUCAUUAUGAUGCAUUGCUCACUGCUGAACAAAUGGAUGUCUAUCUGAGGAAGUCGGGUCCGUUUGAUUCUGAUUCAGCCAUUGAGGAAGCUGAGGGAACACCUCAAGAUCUCUGGUGGGUGAAGCAUGGGUCUGGCACGCCGGCGCUGCAGUCCUUUGCGAGCUUGAUCCUAGGGCAGACGUGCUUCGGCACUUCCAGGUACAACCUGGACAAGAGCUUGUCCGAGAGGCUGCACACCGAGAAGAGGGCCUACACCGAGCAGGAGAGGUUCCGCAGCAUGGAGUACAUCUACUACAACCUCCGGCUCGCCAACUCGGUGCCGCGCGUGGCCGGCCCUCCCGCGGACCAACAUAGUAAGCUCACUACCCAGCUGGGCGAUUGGGUCUCAGCGUAGCACACCCCAAUGGUGGCGCUCACCGGUGCGGUGACUGGUGACUCUUGUAGCAUUUGUGUCUGUCUGUCUGUCUGUCUGUACAUACCAGGUAGGCUCUGCUUUUGGGCGGCACGGGCUCGCCUGCUUCAAUGCUGUCCAGUGCUGCGUGUCGCUCUGUCGCCUGCGGCGCGGCCUGCUUCAGCUCCCUGCUCCCCCAUUACUCUCGCCGGAACGAAUUGAAUUUGGGCUGUGCCGGCGCCGGCAUGGCAGCGGGCAGUGGCAUGGUGCCGGAGCCUGCGCCCGUGCAUGAGUGGAGCGGUUGCAUUUGGUGCUCCCCAACCACCCCGUGGCAGCUUGUGCUUCCACUGUCUCAUGCUGUGUCCAUGGCUCCUGGAGCCUG